UCCCUCUUGUUCCUUCUGUCAUUCACCAUAAAUUCUCACCGCAAUCAAAAUAGCUCUCUUUGGAUAAUUUCGCGCAUGAAAGUGCAUAUAUUCGACAAGUCGAAGGUGAAGUGUAUGAUGGAGAAUUAAAACGCAAGUUAUUGAGUCUCGCAAUUAAAAAUAAUUCACCCGGCGACAGGUUGUCGCAUUUCUCGAAAUGACAGAUAUCGCGAACAAACAAUUAGUAGAAAAAAAAAAACGAUCAUUCUUCGAAGUGAACAAUUAAUAUUCUACUGUGUCGCAAAUUACACAGAUUACUCUCCGCUCAAAAUAUAUAUCAGAAAGCAUCGAGGCAUCGACGAGCAACGUUCAACUGUCUGACAAUGCCACUUGUUUGUCCUCGAUGAAUUUUCCGUAAAAGAGCAAGCGCAAUAAAUGUCGAUAAGCGCAUGAUUUAUGAUAUUCUUUCCAUUUCUUCCAUUCUGCAUGCGUACGGUUGAAUCUAGCUUACCCUUCUCACGCUCGCAACUCUUAAAUGCGAACGGCACGCCUCUUUUUCACCCUCCCCCCUUCCCCGGUGCCAUUUUUACCUGGUCAUGCAUCGCGUGUCUGUAUAAAUAUAGGUAAAUGCAACCCUUAUUCGAGAUCCGAAUGAUCGAGUACGCGCGUCAUCGACGGGACGGAGCGCGCGUUAGAUUCAAAAUCGAUCCCUCCGCUGUACCUCGAGAGUCUCGCGAGAUUGCUUGCUUGACGGUUUCGUGCUCGUAAAGCAUCCUGGAACGGUGUAUCUAUAUUGCCCUUAAUAUAUUACACACACAUAUAUAUAUAUAUAUGUGUGUGUGUAUAUAUAUAACUUAGUCGCGUUUCUUCUUGUCUGUUUGCCCCCACGUUUGUCCCGCCUGUCUAAUUAGCGAGCCGUCGCCGCGCGACGGUCCCCUCGAUUAAGAAACUCCGCAGGGAAAAAAGCGAAAGAAAAUAAAACGGACGGAGAGAUAAAUAGAAAUGAGUAACGAAAAGUAAAUAAUAAUAAUGCCAACGAGAGACUCCCCCGCGUCGCCCGGUCGAGGUACAUGCCGGCCGAGAGGAGCCACCCGCAGAUGCCGUCCCCCGCAUGGAGAUAAUCGAGAGACCGACUGAUGAGAGCCUCGCGAUUGAUAUGUAUAUACGCAGUACCUCGGAGGGCCAGCAAGGACGCAGGAGCGUCGUUAGGAGCCGCACCGCGUCCCUUCAGCAACGCCAGCACCGGCUGAGGAGCUACGGCGUCUCCGCCGCGCACGGCGACGGCCAGACGCUGCUACCGAUCAGCAACAGUAACAGCAACAGCAGCAACAGUCAACAGACCAUCGUAGGCGGCGGCGGUGCCUCUAAUCGGCACCUUAACAACUCGCAACAACAGUACAGCUCGACCUCCGAAACCCAACCGCGCCGUGUCCUUCCCUCUACCUCAACCUCCACCUCGACCUCGACCACCGUCGUCGGUAACAGCCACCAGUUGGCGAUGCCACCGUACCUCGAUCCUCGCAAUCAGCAAGGUAUGAGAACGAUCAGGCUGGUGGCGUCGAAGCCACGCGCGACGCGGUAAGGGAGAGAGAGAGAGAGAAAGAGAGAGAAGAGAGAUCAGGUAGGAAUCUCGCGCGGGACGAUCGAGACGGAUCGAGCGUGGUGUUGAGAUCUAGUGGCUGGCGAUCUCCCAGUAGCCCGCUGUCUUAGACGUGUUUUUUUUUUCGUUUGUUGCCGCGAUAUCGCUCGUUUGAAAGGAAGAGAGAGAGAGAGAGAGAGAGAGAGAGAGAGUGUGCUGGAUGGAGCAAUCGAGUAAGGUGCGAGCGAGCUAGUUAGCUAGCGAAUGGCAGUCGCAAGUCGUUUCGAGAUCGCUGAGUAUUGAGCUGCGAUUGUAAUGCGAUGUGGCUGUCUGAGCUAGAGGCUAAAUGAUCGGUGUAACUUAGCGCAAAUGCUGUGCGUUGAUAGCGUGGAUAUGCAGGAUGUCCCGGCGGUAUAUCGCUGUUCCUGCCUCUUCUUCGAUUGAACUUUGCGGCCCAUCUUCCGCAAGCUUGAAAAUGUUUUUUUUUAAUAUGAAAUAUUAGUAUUAAAUAUUAAUUAAUCAGUUUAAUUAAUUU